GUUGGAGCUAUCGUCCCCGGGUUCGAUCGAGCGCACACUCGACCGUCGCACUAUCCCAACCCCGAGUCGUCGGGCGCACUUUCCUGUGUGCUGCAAGCACCCACUGUUACCUGUUACCUCGCCUUCGCUUUCCUCUAAGGUAGCCUAGAUUUCCCGUGGCUUGGCGCGAUAGAGAGAAUCUUGCCAAGGCGAUCGUCUCCUCCUCAGCCCUACCCUCGUCAUCCCAUGGUUCACCUCCCUCCAGCGCGACAGAUUCGUCAUCAUCAUGGCGCCCUCUCUUCCCGUCGGCGAAGACAGGUGGGUAGACUAUGUAGCUGAACAUAGUCGUGGCGCCACCGACCUCGAGAAGCGCGUCCAAGUCAUCGAGCUCUACAAACUCGCCGUCGAUGCCGAGCCCAACAGCCUCAAGGUCUGGCGAGCCUACUGCGAAUACUUCUGGUCACUCCACGUAGACAGCCUCUCGGCCGACGUCGGCUGGCCCGAAGAGGAGCAGAUCAUGGGCCGCGACAUUUUCUCCCUCAAUGCCGCCCUCAGCCUGUGGCAACAAGGCUACGAGGCUAUCCAGUACCGCAUCAGUGACAGCCACGAGCUGUGGGACCGCUGGAUAUCGCUCGAGCGCGGUUUGCUCGACAGGACCCGCACCUCCGAAGGCGUCCGGCGCAUUACGCACCUCUACACCGAUCGCCUUCAGACCCCCCACGUUACGCAUGAGGACACGGCCCAGGCUUUUUCUAGCUUCCUCUCGACAUACAACCAGGCGGCUUGGGAAUCGACCAUGCAGGCGGUGACCGCCCAAUCCCAGGAGGCCAAACAGCUCACCAGCGACCGUGACAUGUUCGAGCUCCGACUUGGCAAGACCGCCCGCGACGGGAAGGACGACGAGUACCGCAGCACGCUGCGAGAAUACCUCGAAUGGGAAGCGUGCCAGAGCAAGAGAAGCAAGAGACAUGUCGAGGCCACGGGGGAGCUGUGCCGAGGCCUCUACGCCCGAGCCUUAACCGGGGUGUUUGCGUUCGACGAAGCCGUCUGGACCGAGUGCAUCAGGUUCCUAGCCACGUCGGGCACUUUCGCGCAGGCGCCUCACGCCAUGUUGGACGUCAUCCGAAGAGCCGUGGAUCACUGUCCUUGGUCGGGCGCUCUUUGGUCCCGCUACAUACUCAGUGCCGAGGAGGCCAAGUUGCCCUUCCACGACAUUGAGCAGAUCAAGCACAAGGCGACAAGCCAUCCCGACCUCUAUAAGAACGGCAUGACUGGUUUGCUCGACAUGUACGCCGGCUGGUGCGGGUUUCUCAAGAGGACGGCCAUGGAUAUCAAUGCCUCGGAUGAGGCAGUCGACAUUGCGGACAUGGGCCUCCGCGCCGCGAUCGAGUUUGUGGACCAAGCGAAGCAUCGCUACGGCGACGGCUACCGAGGUGAUCCCGCUUUCCGCCUGGAGCGCAUUUACAUCCAAUACUUGACAGACAAGAAGGGCUGUCUCGACGACGCGAGACAUCAAUGGCAUAAGCUGGCCGAAAAGCAGCUCUACGCUGACAGCUACGACUUUUGGAUGCACUAUUACAUGUGGGAGAUGAUGGUCUUCGCGUCAAACGGGAAGGAUCGCAGCCCCACGCCGUCCACUGUGGCAGUCGGAUUGCGGGUUCCUUCCGUAGCCACGGCUGUCCUUGGUCGGGCGAUCAAGAGGAAGACCCUGGACUGGCCCGAGAAGGUCAUGGAGGUGUACGUGCAGCACUGCAACGACUACGAGCUUCCCAGCACUCUCCGCAGCGCCAUGGACAGCGUGGCAGAACUUCAAAAGGAAGUGGGAAAACGCCGCGAGCUAGAGGCCGCCCAGGCCGCCGAGCAGUACGCCGCUGCGCAGGCACAACAGCAGCAGGCAGCGCUGGCCGCGACGGCGGCCGCUGCCGAUUCAUCCUCGGGUGCUAAGCGCAAGUGGGAGGACGAUGCCGAGGAUCAGGCGACAUCCACAACAGCAGCAAACAAGCGGCAGAGAGGGAGCAACGAGGAAACGUCUCCGGAUCUGCAACAGCGACAGCGACUAAAGCGAGAUCGGGAGAACACUUCGGUUUUAGUCUCCAAGGUUCCAUCCGGGGUGACGCAGACCAAGAUUCGACAGUAUUUCAAGGAAUAUGGCCACAUCAACAGCCUGAUUGCCGCGCCCGACAAGCAGGGAGACACGCAGACGAUCCUAAUAGAAUUCCGGAGCCCGGACGAGGCCCAGUCAGCUUUGCUCCGGGAUGGCAAGUAUCUCGGGGAUGCACAGAUUAGCGUGGCGCCCGGCACAGACCUGACCAUCUACGCAACUAAUUAUCCGCCGACUGCCGGCCCAGACUACCUUCGCAAGCUGUUUGAAGACUGCGGGGAGAUGCUGAGCAUCCGAAUGCCCAGCUUAAAGGGAAACGUUCGCCGGCGGUUCAGCUACAUCACGUUUCGGGACCGAGAGGCCUCCACGAAAGCGACCAAGAAGGAUGGAAUGAUGCUGGACGGGCGGUAUAAGCUUACAGCAGCUUUCUCGGACCCAUCGCGAGCCAAGAAGCGAGAGGGUGCCGUAGAGGAAGGGCGGGAGGUCCGAGUCACUAACCUUGAUCCAUCGGCCACCGAAGACGAUGCCAAGGAGGUCUUUUCCAAAUACGGCACAGUCCAUCGCGUCACCAUUCCUCGGAACAAAGCGGGCAGAAAUCACGGCACGGCGUACGUCGAGCUGGGAACCAAGGAGGAGGCUACGAAGGCCGCCGAGGAGCUUGACAAGACAAAAUAUCGCGGCUCUAUUUUGACGGUGGAGAUCUCGGCUCCGAAGCAUUCCAAGCCAACAGCUACCCUGUCAGAUGCACCGAGAGACUCUCCCGCCCGUUCGUUGAGUGCCCAAGAGAGCCGCGAGGAGGCCGCGGGCGACGAUGGUGACGCUGCUGCUGCUAGCCGCCACCAGCCGAAUGCGCCAUCACAGGAAGAAAUCAAAGCGAGGAGUAUCGCGUUGCUGGAUAUUCCGGACACGGUCAACGACGCGCGCAUCCGAGACAUCGUCCAGCGGCUGGGGGGGUUCAAGAGCCUGGUGCUGCGGCCCAGCCACGGUUCGGCCAAGAUCGAAUUCGAGGACGCGGCCAGCGCGGGUCGGGCCGCACUGCAGCUGGACGGGUACGAUCUCGACGGUCGCAGGCUGCGCACGGGCGGCGUGGAGGACCUCAAGUUCGCCAGGGAGGAGUUUCGGACGGACAAGAUUGUGUAUGGCGUGGGUGCGAGGAAGCAAGGGGACAAGAAGACGACGUCGGCGACGCAAAGGAAUGCUACUACUCUGGCACCUCCCCCGAGCGUGAGAAGACCUGUCUUGGGCAGAGGUGGUGGUGGCGGUGGUCCCAGACGGGGCCUCGGUUUCCUUCCGAAGAAGAAUCCCGAUGCCCCUCUGGGCGCGAAGGCCAAUGGCACCGGGUCGGAAGAAGGGAAGCCGGCGAAGAAGACUAAUGCGGAGUUCAGGACCAUGUUUCUGAAGGGCAACGCGGCCCCGGCUGGUCAACAGAGCAAGGACGAUGCGGAGGAUGCCCAACGUUAGCGCUUCAGGGCACUUUUCUGCCGUGGGCUUGUACGAAUAUUACCUUGCCUUGCAUUGUGUCUCAUUACCAGACUAAUUAAUAGCAUUUGAGUCGGGGGGGGG